AUGUCGAGUCUAAACUGGAUGAUCAUCCGCAACAACAACGCCUUCCUGGUGAAGAAGCGUAACAUAAAGAAACCCUUCAGCAAGGAGCCCAACAACGUAACUAACCUCAACUCCUACAGAUACAAUGGCCUGAUUCACAAGAAGGCUAUAGGCGUCGUAGAAAACUCAGACAGGAAAAGUUUCUCAGUUGUGUACAAGAAAGCUAAAGCGACAAAUAAGCCCGCUAAGAACACAGUACGUCGCAACUUCAAAGCCGGCGCUAGGAGAUCGCUCUUCAAGGUAAAGAAGUUGUUGAAAGCUAACCACUACCGCACGGACCUGUGCAAGGCUACCCUCCGUCGUGCAUCAGCUAUCAUGCGCUCACAGAGGCCCAUCAAAGCCAAGAAACCUAAAGCGGCAGCCGCGAAGACAGAAUAA